AUAAAAAGGGUGGGCAGAAUUAUCGUCAGAUUGAUGAAAAGCUCUUGGGAAAGAAUUGGCAAUUUGAGAAUGAGGCACCGAUCAUUUUAGAAUAUAAUAUCAAAGAAUGCAUGUUUUUUGAAAAAUUCAUUGUUCCAGUUAGAGUUUUAUAUUCUGUAUAUAUUGCGCUAUAUCCUGAAUUUCUUUCUAAAGAACAAUGCAUGAAUACAGGAGAUAAAAAUAUUCGAUUAUUCAAGG